AUGGAUCCUACUUCAUCAACUCCUAGAGUUCUCCGUCUAGUUAAGCCGACUCCUUCAUCCACUAGAUAUUUAGAUCGAAGCUCUAGUGAUGCAGUUGUCAAUGAAUCAACCCCUUUGAUACACCGAAGGCCCUAUUCUGCACCAGUUAAGUCUGUUACCGUUGAUGUCUUGGCUGCUAGGACACGUUGCUCUGUUCCCUGUACAUCUCAGAACGGAAAGCAGAGCCAGACGGAUGAUGAGCUCUAUGGAGUAGGGCCUUCAAUCUGGCGUGAGAUGGGAGCGGUUCGGCAUCCAUUUUAUGCCGGUCAAGUAAAAAAGCAAACUUGCUCAGCAGCUGUAGAUGCACGGAUUAUGACCUCAUGUGCGAUGAUGAGUGGAUUGUUAAAUCAAACCACGGAAAAAUCUACACCUUUAACGUUUCAAGAAGGUCUACCAAAACAAGCUGUAUUUAAUGAAGGCGAAAAGCUAAAAGAAUAUGAAGAAGCAGAGCAAGAUCGACAAAAGGGCAAAAAGAGGAAAAGUGACGAAAGCAGCCAAUAUGUUUCCCAGAGAAAAGAAUACUCAGUAAAUUUUUGUCAGGGGCAGGCCAAUGGGGAUGUAUAUAAAGAAGUUGGCCAAGAAAAUGAUUAUUUCCAGUUUUACCGACCCGGUCAAUGUGAUCAAUAUAGAGCAUUGCGCUCCAAAGUUCAAGUUGUAGAGCAGGAGGCUAACCAGUCAAGAAGAAUAAAUGGAGUAUCACCAAUAGUUAUACUUCAAAAGAGACAAAAUGAUCAGGAAAAACCCACUAAUUUCGCUGAAUCAAAAGUAAGUUACGUUCUCUCAUAUCCCUUUUGA